GGACAGAAGUGUCCGGGGCAGGCUUGUGACCCUACUGCUGUGGAGGGGCUGUGCCCCAACACUACGUGUCUUCCUACCCAUCGGCUCCCCAGAGUGCUGCCUGCUGUGCACCUGGGUCCUGGAGCCCUUCUCCACCUGGAUAGAUUCCAGACCCUCUUCCUCAGCCCACCUGUGCCCCACCGUGCAAGAAGUGCCAGAGCCCAAGCCGCCUCCAUGGCCCCAGGAAGGAUUCAGGGGAGAGGCCCCAUCCAGGGAGCCACUCCUACCAGACAGCCUGGCCAGAAUGGAGCUGACUGAACUGCUCCUCGUGGUCAUGCUUCUCCUAACUGCAAGACUGGAUCUGUGCCUCCCGGCUCCUCCCGCCUGUGACCCCCGUCUCCUAAAUAAACUGCUUCGUGACUCCCAUGCCCUUCACAGCAGACUGAGCCAGUGUCCAGACGUUAACCCUUUGUCCACACCUGUCCUGCUGCCUGCUGUGGACUUUAGCUUGGGAGAAUGGAAAACCCAGAAGGAGCAGACCAAGGCACAGGACGUUCUGGGAGCCGCAGCCCUUCUGCUGGAGGGAGUAAUGGCAGCACGGACCCAACUGGGACCCACCUGCCUCUCAUCCCUCCUGGGACAGCUUUCUGGACAGGUCCGCCUCCUCCUUGGGGCCCUGCAGGGCCUCCUUGGAACCCAGCUUCCUCCACAGGGCAGGACCACAACUCACAAGGAUCCCAAUGCCAUAUUCCUGACCUUCCAACAACUGCUCCGAGGAAAGGUGCGCUUCCUGUUGCUUGUAGUAGGGCCCACCCUCUGUGCCAAGCAGGCCCUAUCCACGACAGCUGUCCCAAGCAAUACCUCUCUAUUCCUCACACUGUACAAGCUCCCAAACAGGACUUCUGGACUGUUGGAGACAAACUCCAGUGUCUCCGCCAGAACUACUGGCUCUGGACUUCUGAAGAGGCUGCAGGGAUUCAGAGCCAAGAUUCCUGGUCUGCUGAACCAGACCUCCAGGUCCCUAGACCAAAUACCUGGACACCUAAACAGGACACACGGACCCUUGAUUGGAACUCAUGGACUCUUUCCUGGACCCUUACCUACAGCCCUAGGAGCCCCAGAUAUCCCUCUGGCAACUUCAGGCAUGGACUCCCUGCCCCCCGACCUCUGGCCUGGAUAUUCUCCUUCCCCAGCCCAU